GCCGCAUUCGCCGCCCGUUCGCUGCCGCGUUCACGUCGCUGAGCCCCGGGCUGCGGAGCCGCCGCGCACGGGACACGGCCCGGGGCUGCGUCGGGACCAACCCCGCAGAGCAGCGCGCCGGACCCGGCACGGCCAUGAGGGACGGCCCGGGCCCCCGGUACCUCGCGCACCUCGCGUGGAUGUGGCUCUUCGCCGCCGUGCCGCGCGGCGGGGCCAAGGUGCUGGAGCGAACCUUCGAGGAGUGGAUGCGGUACCGGGACGAGUGCCUGCGGAGGAUGGCGAGCGAGCCCUACCCCGCAGGGCUCUUCUGCAACCGCACGUUUGACAUGUACGCCUGCUGGCCCGAUGGCAGCCCCGGCACCGCCGUCAACGUCUCCUGCCCCUUCUACCUGCCCUGGUUUGAGAAAGUGAAGCACGGGCUGGUGAGCCGGCGGUGCGGUGCCGACGGGCAGUGGGUGACGGUGAACGGCAGCCAGCCCUGGCGGGACUACUCGCAGUGCGAGGAGGAGCUGGAGGACGGCGCGGAGGAGGAGGGUGCCCGCAGGCUGAUGGUGAGCUUCAAAGUGCUGUACACCGUGGGCUACGCGCUGUCACUCCUCACCCUCGUCUCCGCUCUGCUCGUCCUCACCGUCUUCAGGAAGCUGCACUGCACCAGGAACUACAUCCACGCCAACCUCUUCGCCUCCUUCGGGCUGCGGGCCACCUCGGUGAUGGUGAAGGACGCGCUGCUGGAGAGGCGCUGGGGCGCGGAGGUGCUGCAGGUGGCCGACUGGCAGGCGCUGCUCAGCCACGAGGCGGCGCUGGGCUGCCGUGUGGCGCAGGUGCUGAUGCAGUACUGCAUCCUGGCCAACCACUACUGGUUCCUGGUGGAGGCCGUCUACCUCUACAAGCUGCUGAUCGGCGCCGUCUUCUCCGAGAAGAACUACUACCGGCUCUACCUGUACCUGGGCUGGGGGACCCCCGUGGUGUUCGUGGUGCCCUGGAUGGCCGCCAAGUACCUGAAGGAGAACGCAGAGUGCUGGGCGCUGAACGAGAACAUGGCUUACUGGUGGAUCAUCCGCAUCCCCAUCCUGCUCGCCUCCAUGAUCAACCUGCUGAUCUUCAUGCGGAUCCUCAAGGUGAUCCUGGCCAAGCUGCGCGCCAACCAGAAGGGCUACGCCGACUACAAGCUGCGGCUGGCCAAAGCCACGCUGACGCUCAUCCCCCUCUUCGGGAUCCACGAAGUCGUCUUCAUCUUCGCCACCGAUGAGCAAACCACGGGCAUCCUGCGCUACAUCAAGGUCUUCUUCACGCUCUUCCUCAACUCCUUCCAGGGUUUCCUGGUGGCCGUGCUGUACUGCUUCGCCAACAAGGAGGUGAAGUCGGAGAUGAAGAAGAAGUGGCAGCUGUGGAAGCUCGACCACCCCGCGCUCUGCUGCACGCGGUGAGAGCGGCACCGCAGGGCUCUGCUCCGGGUGCUGGAGGCUCUGACCCCAACGCCCACAGUGGGGGAGCAGCCACCGCCAGCCCCACACGCGUGUGCAGAGCAGCGAGGGGCCGGGCCCACCGCCCGCUGCCCCCAGCCCCAGCUGUGAGCUGGCACCUACCUCUGCCGGCACCUGGGCAGGAGCCCAGCCGUCCCAUCCUGAGCUGUGCCAGCACCGCGCCGGCAUCGCUGCGCUCCUGCUCUCCUUUCCUACCCCGGGGCCAUCUUGCCACCAUCGCGAGAGCUCUGCGAGGCGUCGUGCAUCGAGGUGCUGCAGCAGCUGCUCGCCGCCUUCGCCCCAGCGCGCUGCACGGAGCAACCCCCCCGCCCUCUUUGCUCCCCUCCAGCUGCCGGCUCCCCUCCCCAGCACUGCCCCGUGCCCUGACGCCGCUCAGCGUCCCACCUGCAGCUGCUUUGCUGCAGUAGGAGCCCCCCCCCCCAGCUCUGGCCGUGGUGCCCCGAUAACCGAGCACAGCAGCAGGUGCCCCCCCUGCCCCCCCAGCUCCUCGCUGUUUCCUUCAGUAGCAGAGCAGCCGUGCAGCCCAGGCUGCGGUUCCCAUCGCGCGGUGCUUGGCCUGGCGGAAAAGGCCGCUCCAGCAGCAGGGAGGAGGCAGCUCUCACCCUCCACUCCAUGCAGGUGGAUAAAGGCUGUUCUCGCCCACCCAGCCCCUGCCUUAUGUCCGAGCUCCUCUGGGUGGAGGAGGCUGCUCCGGGCUCUGUGGCGGAGCUGGAGGUUUGCCGGACAGAUGUAACCCCCCCCCCCCCGGGAGACCACUUUGCACACUGACUCUUUUCAGAUGUAAAUAAACGUUUAUUUUUCAGCGA